CUUACUUUAGGUACCUCACUCGAGGUCUUGUCGUCUACUAUAAGGCGCUAGGUGUAUAAUCGGGUUAAGCGCAUCGAGCGCCUCCGAUAACGUGACAGGACACGGUGACGCACACAGUCGCGCUUACCUAGCCAGUAAGACUUACGCAUACGCCGAGGGGGCGUGCUCGUGCAUACCGGGCGGCGGCUUUUUGAGCGCCGGCAAAUCCGUUUACUACUGGACGACAUAUAUAACCGAAUGUUUCCAAUACCCAGGCUUGAUAGGUAGCACCGUCGUCGUCUGCUUAGUUAUUCGCACCGAGUAAAUUCCCUGAACCGCCUUGCAUCACGGCAAGGCCCUCUAGCAUUCUUCUCUCCCACCUUCACCACGACUUCCAACGACGCCCCGACCGCGUCCGCCCCUGGGACAAACACAACAACCAUCUCCGAUCUUCUCAGCAAGACUUGUACUCCGGGGAGUGUUCUAUUCGACCGUCGAUACACCUCCCUCCCGGCUCCGACCUACCACAACAUGGACGCUAAGAGGCAUCCGAGCUCGUUCCAGCAGCUCGAGAAGUUGGGAGAAGGUACUUAUGCUACGGUAUUCAAGGGGAAAAACAGACAGACGGGAGAAUUCGUAGCCCUCAAGGAAAUCCACCUCGACUCCGAAGAAGGCACGCCGUCGACCGCGAUCCGCGAGAUCUCCCUCAUGAAGGAACUCAAGCACGAGAACAUCGUUGCGCUUCACGACGUUAUCCACACCGAAAACAAACUCAUGCUGGUCUUCGAGUAUAUGGACGGGGAUCUCAAAAAGUACAUGGACAACCACGGAGACCGGGGUGCUUUGAAACCGGCCACCAUCAAGUCCUUCAUGUAUCAACUGCUGAAGGGCAUCGACUUUUGCCACAAGAACCGUGUCCUGCACCGAGACCUAAAGCCGCAAAACCUGCUCAUUAAUAGCCGGGGGCAGCUUAAGCUUGGGGACUUUGGGCUGGCGCGCGCGUUCGGCAUCCCCGUCAAUACCUUCUCGAACGAAGUCGUCACCCUAUGGUACCGCGCUCCCGAUGUCUUGCUCGGCAGUAGGACGUACAAUACAAGCAUCGACAUAUGGUCCGCGGGCUGCAUCAUGGCUGAGAUGUAUACGGGCCGGCCCCUCUUCCCAGGCACGACGAACGAGGACCAGAUCAACCGCAUCUUCCGCAUCAUGGGCACGCCCACCGAGCGAACCUGGCCCGGCAUUACGCAAUUUCCCGAGUACAAGCCGACGAUCCAGAUGUACGCCACCCAGGAUCUCAGGGCUAUCCUCCCGCAGAUCGACCAGCUCGGAAUCGACCUCCUGCAGCGGAUGCUAGUGCUUCGCCCGGAGCACCGCACCAGCGCCCACGACGCCCUACUGCAUCCUUGGUUCUCCGACCUAACCAUGCACCAUCAGAUCCAGCAACAGCAGGCAAUGCAGGCGCAAGUUAGGGGUUAUGCUCCUCAAGCCGUACCCUCGCAGGGUGUGUACGACGCUGGCUACUAGGCUCGCCUCCUAUGCGGAUCGGCUUGGAGGCUCGUUCUUCGAAUCGUGGCUCUCGCUUGAAGACGUAACAAGAUUUCAUGCAUGAUUAUUGCAUCUCCUCCUCCCGCCCCCGGCCACAAGAUGGCCGUGACGUAGUUCUAGGUACGCCGCACAGUGGGGUCAGCGCAUAGCGAUCACGAGGUGUAAUGCGGAAGCGAGGAUAGGAAGGAAACGGGUUGGCGUUUUCGGGAGGGUUAUUUUUAAACGCUCAAGCAUAGAUAACAGCUGCAUCGGUGGGGGCUUGGAGGAUGUU